CUGACAGAUUAUCUCAUUAUCAAGUAAUUUGUUAUUAAUGUCAAUAAGAGGACUGAUAUUAAAUAUUUUAUUAAUGAUUAGAUUCAUACGUUAACCUAUACUUUUUUGAAAUUUUUAUAUAAUUUUAUUACUUGUGCAUUUAUUUUAAUUAAAAAUUAAUACACUAAUUUCGAAGUCUAUAUUGCAAUUAAAUAUUCUCAAAAAUCAUUGAGUGUAUAUUCACAUAAUGUAAUAAUCUUUGACAAAGCACGAGUGGCGUUUAUCAGUAAACGUGCAUAAAUAUGUUUUAUUUAGCCCAAUGGCUACAUAACUUACAUACGUUGUAAAAUAUAUACGUUAUCAAAGUACAAAUAAGUUUUAAUCACGGCUCGACAGUUCCCAGACUGAAAUCACCAUAAGCCUUGAAAUCCUUAUAUAAAUAACUUAUCCUAUAAGCAAAUAAAACGAACAUAUGUUACUUAUUUAUGAUUUGAAUAUUUUAUUCAAUUUUUAAAAUAGAUUUUUCUUGAAGAAAUGCUUUACGCUUUUGAUUUAUUUUCUGGUUAUGUUAUAAUUUUAGUUGCAUAAUUUUAGGUAUGUGAUAUUAUAUAUUUUGUCUAAUUAAAUUUGUACAAUAACGUACGUUUGAACGCUGAUAUCAUCGGUUAUUAAAAUUUCUAUCUCAUUAAGCGCAAUAAUAUAAAGGAAGACAUUCUGAUUAAAAAAUUAUCAUUUCAUACAUGCAUUCGCGUGUUUAUCAUAUACACAUACAUUCCUAUUAGUGUUGCAAAAUCAUCGUUAGCUCGUUUUUAAUCAUAUAUUUUCAGUUUGUCGAUUCGUCAUGAUCGUGUUAAAUAUUCAUAUAAGAUCAAUAUUAUAUUAUUUACACUUAUUAUUAUUGAAUAUAAUAUAUUUAGCAAAAUAUAUCGAAUUAAUACACAUAUCGACAUUUCAACAUAAAUUAAUUAAAUAAUGUUUAUUUUAAUUCGUAAUAUUAAAUAUUAAAUUCGUAAAAUUAAAUAUUUAUAAUAUUAAAUAAUUAAAUAUAAAUAAUUGUUUUUAUAGAUAGAAAAAGCUUCUGUACUCUUAUUUGGGCUUUAAUUGAAAAAAAAUACACGGCCUCUUAAUUCAAGGCACACAAUUGCAUAUGCAUAUGAUAUUAUAUACUUUCAUAAUUAGCGCAGAACGAUAAUGUUUUAUUUUUAAUUGCAAAAAAUUAUAUAACAAAAACAAUAUAGAUGUUUUGAGCUAUCAGUGUCAAAAAUCUCUGGAAAAUCCAUUGAAAUGAAGAUACAAUUAAUUUCAUUCGACACCACGAAAAAGACAAAAAAUAUUAUAAAGUGUUAUUAUGCGUAUGUACAUGCAUGUCGCAGCUACAACUUAUAAACAGUGUAGUUGAGGGAAAGAGGUAAAGAGUGGGGCCAAUGAUUUCCAAGCACGUUCGACAACGUGACAGCAGUCUGUUCCGUGUCGGAUCGAACAGAGAGAUAAUGCCGCCAUUACGAGUGCCUUGAUUCCGUCGGCAGUGCGUUUGGCAGUGAGUGCUUGACAAGCGGCUUGCAAUCGCAAGAUCUAAUUCUUUAUAAAAACGAGCAUCCCGUAUAUUUCGAAAUAUAAUGUAUAUAUGUAAAAUAUAAUUUCCUCGGAUCGCGUUUUACAGUGGUUUCGUUAAAAUACGCAGUGCGAUUCGCAGCAGUGACGUGUAAAUCAAAUACGUGCGAAAUGGUGGUGACCACCGCGGUGCCAUUCGCGUAUCAACACGGGAAUCCAAGACGUUAUCAAUAUUCGAAUUAAAUACAGAAAUAUUUGUGCGAGAGGGAAUAUCGGUUCUCAUUCUCUGCUUUUCUGUUCUAUUCCUCGUUUUGUGUCUCGUCGCGAGCGAGAGACCAGCGGGUUUUCCACGAUUCCACCUCCAAAACGCGACGUCCUUCGGCAACUGCGUGGCGUCAUCGCUGAAGCUAAUAUCUGUCUGACAGUGUCGUAGGAUCAACGAAGAUAACCGAUAGUUGCCUCAACCGUUCUUGUUCGGAUUGUACUUUGUUCUCGUAGGACAGUGACAUUCCUCAACGACAGGUGGAAUCAACAACGAGUAUCGAGGGCCAACUCGAAUGAGGUUUUCCUUUCCGCAAGGCAUCUUUUACAGUGACGGCACCAUGUGUGUAUCGUCAUAGAUUGCAGAUAGUUGGUCUAGUGUUGGCAAAGUGAUCACCGCCAGCACGAACGAUGAUUUAUGCGAGAUGAAUUUUCCACGUAGCGCAUGGGUAUGGUGACGCUGGUACAUCAGCAACAACAAACACUCGACGAUAAUCACCAGUGUCAGAAGGAGCAGGAUCAUAAUAGCAACGACGGUGCUGUCGAGAGCCACGCGGUUGACAAGUUUCAUGGCGAGGCUGCGCGCUCGACGAGGGAGACCGCGGUCGUCGCUCCGGGCAAUGGUAAUGUUGGGGACUCCUCUACGCAGUGCAGUGACGUAGAUGAAGACGAUGAGGAAGAGGAGACGGACGUCGAGGAAAGCGGCGACGGCGGCGGCUGGAUCACGAAUCUGCCGAUAUCGUCGACCAUCGUUCAUCAGCAUCAAGCAGUCGCUUCCACAAACGGCGAUGUCGUCCUACCAAACGCUGACCCGUCGAAUUUCGGCGACGUCUGCGUUAAGAACUCGACGAACGUGCAUCUAGGUAACAAGACCUUCUACAAAGGUCCGGUUACUAUAAAGCAGUUUGUUUACACGAAUCCUAUCCAGGAUGCGAGUAAGCUCGACGUCAGUAAUGUCUCUGACGUCAACAUCACGGAUUUGUCCAUGAGCAAAGAUGACGAAGCCUCCAACAGAGCUAUUUUUUCACAAAAUGCAGACUUAAAUAAAAUGACGCAAUGGCUUUGGACAUGGAGAUGCGCGGCUUUAUCAUGCGUUUUAGCUUUAAUACUUCUAGCUGCUGUAGUGAUCACAAGUAUAUAUUUCACUCAUCAUCCAGACGCGCCAGUCUUCCCGGAAAUUCCAGAUUCAUCGCUUGAAGGUGUAAUAGUUACUUCAGUACGCUUUGUCGAAAGAAACGAAUGGGGUGCGCAGCCGCCAUCGGAACCUCUCACAAAACUGAAGCUGCCAGUACCAUACGUAAUUAUUAGUCACACCGCGACAGACUUCUGUACCACGCAAUCACAGUGUACAUUCCACGUGAGAUUUGCUCAGACCUUCCAUAUUGAAUCUAGAAAGUGGUCGGAUAUUGCCUACAAUUUCCUCGUCGGAGGCGACGGUCUUGCAUACGUUGGCAGAAGCUGGGACUACAUCGGUGCUCAUUCCUUCGGUUUCAAUAACAGGAGCAUCGGCAUUUCCUUUAUCGGUACAUUUAAUACGGUCGUACCACCGAAAACGCAAUUACAUGCCGCGCAAAAAAUUAUAGAGCUCGGCGUUAAAGGUGGGAAAAUCGCGCCUGAUUAUAAAUUGUUAGGUCAUCGACAAGUUUCAAAAACUCUCAGUCCCGGAGAGGCUUUAUAUAAUGAAAUUAAAAAGUGGCCCCAUUGGUCACCUCAGCCUUGAUCUGACAACUUGGAAGUUUAAAUAUUAUGUGAAUAAAAUAUAAUUUCUGAAAAUAUAUUCAUUCUUCUUUUUCUUUAAAUUUUUCUUUAGUUUUUUUAAAAUGACUAUUUGUACUUUCACAACGCGUGUAAGCAUCAUUUGUUAAUAUUUAAUAAACAAAGAUGACUGAACA